AACUGAGAAGGUAAACAGACGGUGUGUGUUAAUCUGGUUUGUUUUCUGUCUUUAUCUACUGAUUGCAACAGCUCGCACUGUUAAUCAGGUGUUGAUUGCAAUUAACUUUUCAUGCUUUAGGUGUAGUCCCGACGUGUAAAACUUUCUGCGGCAGAAGAGAGGAUUAGUCAGUUAGUGGCGAGAUGUCCUACACCACUAGAACGACCCGAACUGUUCGCACGUUCUACUCUGAUGGGCGUGGCCCGCCCAAGGUAGAGACCAAGACCUACACCUACGGGGAUGACAGUGGCGGAUCAUCGAUUAACGGAGGUGUGAAUUUCGGGGGCGGGGGUGGACGUUUUCAGAUUCGCUUUGGUGGACCUAGGGAAGACGGGGGUGACCAGCCGAGCUAUAGUGUCCCAGCGUUCUCUCAGAGGCCCCAGGUGGUUGGGAGACCCACGAGGAAAGAGAAGAAAGACCCAUUUUCUGGAGUCAUUAACCAAAGUUAUGAUUCAAUCAAAAAGAAAUGUCUGGAAGAGGGUUGUUUGUUUGAGGAUCCAGAAUUUGAGGCAGAAGAUUCAUCCAUCUUUUUCAGCAGGGCACCCCCUCGUCCAUUCGAAUGGAAAAGACCCCAUGAGAUUUGUGACAACCCAGUCUUUAUUUCGGACGGAGCCAGUCGAUUUGAUGUUCAGCAGGGAGAGCUAGGUGACUGCUGGCUAUUGGCUGCCGUGGCCUCUCUGACUGUGAACCAGCGUCUCUUUGCUAAGGUGGUUCCGCCGGAUCAGACAUUCCAGGAUGGGUACUGCGGAAUGUUCCGCUUCCACUUCUGGAGACAGGGAGAGUGGGUGGAGGUGGUCGUGGAUGACCGACUGCCAACUUACUAUGGGCAGUUGACCUUCAUGCACUCUUUGGACAAGAAUGAAUUCUGGAGUGCACUGCUAGAGAAAGCUUAUGCCAAGUUGGAGGGCUCCUAUGAAUCCCUGAAGGGAGGCAGCACCUGUGAGGCAAUGGUGGACUUUACUGGUGGUGUCUCAGAAUUCUUCGAUCUCCGUAAAGCUCCUCCCAACAUGUUCAGCAUCAUGUUAAAGGCCAGCCAACGGGGCUCUCUGAUGGGCUGCUCUAUUGACGCUGAUCCCAAUCAGUUAGAAGCUCACCUGGCCAAUGGACUCGUUAUGGGUCAUGCCUACAGUAUAACAUCUGUCCUACUGAUGGAUAUAGAGACCCCCAGCAUGUCUGGUAAGAUCCCCAUGGUCAGAAUCCGGAAUCCCUGGGGUAAUGAGGCAGAGUGGAAAGGCAGAUGGAGUGAUCAGUCUCGGGAGUGGUCAUUAAUUCCGGAUUCACAGAAGGCAGAAAUGGGUCUGACUUUUGACGAUGACGGAGAGUUCUGGAUGUCUUUCGAUGACUUCUCUAAGAAUUUUGAGAAGUUGGAGAUCUGUAACCUUGGUCCAGACUCACUGGAGGAGGAUGAAUUGGACGGGAAGAAACGCUGGGAGGGGCACACAGAAAAUGGGGAGUGGAUUCCGAGAGUAAACGCAGGUGGAUGUAGAAAUUAUCUAGAUACUUUCUGGACCAAUCCCCAGUAUCGUGUGACCUUGACCGACCCUGAUGAUGAUGAUGACGAUGACCUUUGCACUAUGCUGGUGGGUGUCCUUCAGAAGGAUAGGAGAAAAAAGCGAAAAGAAGGACUGGAUAUGUUAACCAUAGGAUAUGUCAUUUAUAAGAUACCAGAAGGAACGGGGGAGGGGCCACUACCUCUGGAUUUUUUUAAGUACAAUGCCUCGUGUGCCAAGUCUAAUAACUUUAUCAACAUGCGAGAGGUUUGUACGCGACACAAGCUCUCCCCGGGGCAGUACUGUAUAAUACCCUCAACAUUCGAGCCUCAUCAUGCUGGGAAUUACCUUCUGAGACUUUACACAGAGAGAAAGUCUCAUACUCAAGAAAUGGAUGAAGAGACAGGAAUAAUUGAAGAUCAGGGACCACAUCCAAGCUUGAGGGUUAUAGGCGUAUACAAUGUUGUAAAUCGUCGAGUUUACAAUGCUCGUCAAAGUGGGGAUUAUAUGCAACCUGUACUAGUCCCCGCAGUAGCUAGUGCCCCACCCUCUUUGGGGAGGCAGGAGAUCCGUAAAAUCCCAGCCGCUAGAGAAAUCCCUCCCCCCACGGAGGAGGAACAGGAGCAGGAACAGGCUCUGAAGAGCAGCUUCCGCCGCGUCGCAGGCGACGACCUGGAAAUCGACGCCUACGAACUCAAGGACAUCCUAAACGCCGUGUUUACCAGAGAGUUUUCCUUUGAUGGCUUCUCCUUAGAAACAUGCAGAAGUAUGGUGGCCAUGCACGAUGGAGAUCUCUCAGGAAAGUUGGGAUUUGAUGAAUUCAAAGUUCUCUGGGCCGACUUAAGAAGAUGGAAGGGGGUAUUUAAGGAGUAUGACAGAGACAAGAGUGGAAAACUUAGUUCCUACGAGCUGAGAUCUGCUUUACAUGCCAGUGGUUUCCGCCUGAGUAACAGGACAUUCAGUGCUCUGGUAAUGAGGUACAGCAGCAAGGAUGGCCAGAUUGAGUUUGGAGACUUCAUUCUCUGUGCCAUUAGAAUGAAGACCAUGCUUGCCUCUUUCAAGAACAUUGAUGUGGAAAAUUCUGGACAUGCAGCCUUUGAUCUGGAUGGAUUUAUCCAGACUGUGAUGUAUUCAUAAGCCUUCUGGGUACUACUGCUGUUGACUGGGAAAACUUCCAGAUUCUUGACUGUUGAAGAGAUUUCUUCAUAGGAACAAACAUUAAUAUUUAGGAAUAUAUCUACAAUUGUAGAUCAGUUUAUUAUGAUAUUAAAUUGUUUUACUUGUUCACCUAGUAAACUGUAUAAACUUUAUAGCUAUGCAUGGCUCCUUGUUUUUGUUAGUCCUGCAUUACGUUAUGGUUGGAUACUUUUGUAGAAGUUUACACAUUAGCAGCUGAGCAGUGCAAUAACUGUUAAUACCUCUCAUGUUUUGUUAGUGUGGGGAAUCUCUUCUGUAUGUACAGUUAUCAGAUAGUAAUAUAUACAAAUCUGACAUAUCUUCCUUCCUUCAAUGUUUUAAUACAAAAUUAAUAUAUGCUCACUAGUUGGUUUUGUGGAGGGUUUUUUCCUUAAUAUUUACACCAGUGUACAUUUUUUCCUAUUUUCAAUGCUUUUGUAAAUAUAUUUACUUUUUAUUAAAAAAAACAAACAAACAGCAUAUAUAAUAUUUUUAUUACAAUAUCUUUUUAUUGCUAAACAAUAUUUGUGCAUCACUGCUUCUUGUUUUCUGAUCAUUAAUUAACAAGAAACUACUUUGCUAUUAUGUGUCAAGUUCUUUGUUAUUUAGGGAUUGGAGACUUGUAACAUGUAUAGCAGUUAAACAAAUCUAUGGCAUUAAAUUUUCAUGGUGCUCAUUACCAGAUUUGCCUUCUUGAAUAUUUAAUCAUUAUGAUCUGAAAGUGACAGGAAUGUUGUUUUAUUAUCAAUUGUUUAAUGAUAAAGCCCAGUUCAAUUUUUUUUACUCUUAUAUGCUUCACCAAUUGACUUUUUUUACACCCACAAUUUGAUUAUUAUAUCUUUUGAUCCUACUUUGUAGAUCUAGGUGUUGUAAUAAGUACUUGUUUUAUUAUAUACAUACAAUGUUGUCUUUCUAUUGAGGACAUUUGGUUUUUUUGCAAGUUGGCUUGAGUCCAUGUUUGAUGAGCAACAACUGUUCUAAUGUACCUUGGUAUAUAUUACUGGAUAUAGAAUAAAACCAUCUGUCUAAAGUACAA